AUGAUAAAUCGGUCUAAUUACAGGGAAUUUGGUUUGAAAGAGUUCACUAGUACUCUGCAAUUAUACUCCACCUUCAAUGACUACUUGGACAGAGUAAGGAUAAAGUACAAGUGUAAUUUGGUGGUGACUUCGUACGAUAUUAAUGUUGAUAAGGGUUACAAAUCGGGGUUUAAAGAGGUGCAAUUUAAAGAUUUGGAUAGUGUAUCUUUCUUGCGUGGUGCAUACUUAAAGCGCUUCGACUACAUCUUGUUCAGGGGAAUAGAGUUUAAAUUUUGGGACUUCAGUCAUGAACAGUGGAUAGAAGGGUAA